AUGGCCUCCAAGGUUUUAUCACGUGUUAAAGAGUUUUUUAACACACUCAGGGAUCUUCAAGAAGACAAGAAUAACCAUUUGAUCACUUAUGCGGAUGAUAUCCAAAUAUUGAAAAACCAUGGAGACAGAAUUUCUCUCUUAAAUGUCGACUGCGGAGACCAGGAAGUCUUCAUUUGUGAAAAAGUUGCCCCGAAACCAAAUGACUCCAAUAAUGAGUCAGCGCUUGAGACAUCAAACUCCAUCGAAGACGAUGAAGGUGAUGUGUUGACUGCCCUUGAACCUGAAACUGAACUGACACCACAACCUCUCACCAUGGAAAAAGCAAGGCAAUUGCUGUCUUGGUAUACGUUAUCGCAAAAUGCCAACGUUCAUUCUGUGGAUGAUCCAUCGUUGCGACCUCUUUGGGUACGAUGUGACAUGUCAGAUCCAGCUCGUACAACCUGGGUUGGAGCAGAAGGUGUCUGUGUCUCCAGUAAAGUCUGUGGUGUCAAAUUAUACUCUGUCACAUGUACAGGCCCUGUGGUGAACCAAAGUUCAUUCAUAACAUUAGAUGAGCUAAAACAAGAGCAUAAGAGAAGGCAUCACCCAUCUACGAUGGCAAUUAAAGGAAGCGCCCAGUUCAUCAUGUUAGGCUCCUCUGUUGUUGAAAACACUACAAUUGAGUCACAAAGUAGAUUGGUAGUGGAUUUCAAGUGGAACCAUGUUGAGAAGGUCCUUGAAACACCCCCGCUGUCCUCUACAGCCACACUAAAUAUCAAAGUUGCCAGUGGAGACAAGAAGAGUCCCAUGUUUAAGGUGUUCAGGGAGCUGCAGUUUCUUCAGAUUCUUGCUGAUGGGUUGAGAAAUGGUGAGAUUAAGUGGAUGGAUCCUUUGGAGUGCAAGUCAGCAGUGGAUCUGACCAAGGAAUACCUUGAAGAGCUACAGAAGCCCAUAAGUUCACAACAGGAACAGGCCUCCAAACCAACAGUGGCUGACCAUGAAAUCAACCCUCCACUUUUUAACACUUUGCUGGAACGAGGCGAUUUGGACUUUGUGGAGCAGCUCUGGGUUCGCAUGAGAAAGAGUGUGGUAUCCUAUGAAGACAUCGUAGACUGCCUGAAAUUGGUCAUCGAGGCCUUGACUUAUGACUACAUAAAGCCUUGGAUUCACAGUGACAAUAGCAGCUCUCUCGGCAAGCUCAUCCGACAGUCUUACGACCAAACGAUCGAACAUGUGUCGCUUACAGGCCUCACGCCUGUCCAAAUGUUGUUAGAAAUGGGCCUUGACAAGAUGAGGAAAGAUUACUUAAACUACCUCAUUGGAGAAGAAUUGACAACUUCAAACAACUUGAGUUACUACCAGAACACAGAAGUGGAUCUACAGGAGCAAGUUGUACGCCUGAGGAAACUGCACCAUCUGCUGGAAGUUGUUAUGACUUGUAAAACAUUCCUAGAUCUGCCCUAUGACAGAUGUUUACUUCUUACACAGUUGUGUUUACAGCACAACAAAACAUCUACAUAUGAUGAGAAUCAUGAGUUCAAACUCCAAAUCGCACCAGUGUUGAUUGCUCAAUUUUACCAGAAAGAAUAUCCAGCUGUGUGGAGAGCAGAAGUGUCUAGUGGGCAAGAGCCUCACAAAGUCAAGACAUCAUUGCAGGUCAGCGACAGACCAGUCAUUGAUCAUGUCAUGUUUGAAGCAGAUAAAUCAGUGGACGAUGACAGCUCAGAGCCUGUCUGGUUCUCCACCUUGGUGAGCUGCAGCCUUGUGAAAUUUGCCUGA